GUCCAAGUCACUCCACCUUCGAAGUCUGUGCGAACGACACUUCCCUGAUCAGUUUUCAUUCAUAACAAACUGCUGUUCGAAGACAAGAGUCUUGCCUUGGAAAUCGCAAAAAUGGCGCCUUCUGCAGGUCGCAAUCUGCUCCUUAUAGGAGCGCUAUUUGUGCUCUUCGUUGGUGCCAAUGCACAGAACGGGACUACAAUUCAAAUCAACUUCAUCGCCGCCAAUGGGCCGGUGGUUGUUGGAAAGUUCCUCCAGUUCACGACCCUUCUCCGAAACAGUGGACCGAGCAGCUACAAUGGUUCCAAUGGUACCAAUGUAACUGUGGUGUUCAAUGGGACGCUGAGCGUCACCUGCUCUGAUGCCUACCUUUUGAACGUCAACUCCACCCUCGCCAGCCCUGGGUGCAAUGAGCAGAUCACCAUCCCACCCUAUGCGGUUGGCAGCCAGCUCAAUGAAAGCUACCCUGGUUGUGACGUCAACCCUCAGGGCCUGAUUGACCUAAACACCACCACCGGCCCCGUGCGAUACCCGACAUCGGUUACUGCUGAUGGCCAUACUGCCACCUGGACGAAUGUCAUCCUCGCUCCUGGCGUCACCACGGCUCUUCCCGUGGUUGGCUUCAUCCAAUACCAGCAGCCCAUCCUGUGCCUGGCCACCUUUGGACCGUCUGACCCGACAGGAGCCAACUCCACCAUUCUCAAUGCGCCGAGCGGCGUGAACGGGACUUCGUCAAACACCCUCCAGAAGGGCACCAUCUUCAACAGCAUCCUGCAGCCGCCCUCCUCCCGCAAACCCCCCUCCCGCAGUUACAGCUGGAAACGCAACCGCUGCCCCUGGGCCGAAGGCGGCUCCGGCGCCUGCGCCGACAACCGCUCCCGAACCUCCGCCUUCGCCUACUCCUACUCCCACUCCUUCUCCUACCACUGCACCGUCGUUCCCACCUCCUUCCGCUUAGUUCCUGACACACGGGUUAAUAAAGCUGCUCUUCUCAAAAAACCGCGCUACUCUGAAGGUGGUAACCAAGGUUUUCUGCGUGGCAAGAAGGCAGGUUUUCUGCGAGUUCGACACUUUGCAAGCACAGUAACUUAUUUAGGGUGACUCCCAAUGUCAUCUGCUGACUUCUUAAGGUCGUUCUAGAGACAGCACAUGGUGGAUACUGGCACAGUAGACUCUUCUUUUGUCUUUGUUACACCGCACAACCGUUGCACUUAACUUGUCUUGUGUAGGAGUGGAGUAGGAUACGACCAGAUUUCUAGACAACCUGUUGCAACUUGUCUUUAACCUUUUUCAGCUUUAGGGGGUCACUGUUUACAAAGACUGAUGCUUGGGCAGGUAAAACUAACUAGAGUUGCACGUGAACCCCUCUCCUCGUCUGGAUAUGUAAAGGCCCCUCCACUGUUGGGCCCCAGCUUGGUCUCACAAAAAUCGUCACAAAGCGGUGUCCCUGCUUCAGGCUACAGAGAGCUUUUCACUAGAUCAGUCGGUGCGGCG